AUGGGAACCCCAAGACGCAGAGCUGGGCAAAAUGCAAGCCCAUACGGAAUGAGCUCCUCGAACAUUUUCGGGACGAACAACGAGGUUUUUGGAAGUAGCUUCAUGAACACUCCACAAUCGAGUAGAAGAACAAAGAACAGCAAGGGAAGUUUCCUCAAUAGCAUGCUGAAUGAAUCCAAGUACUUGAAUCAAAGUAAUACAGGUUCCCAGUUUCUGAGAUAUGGACACACCCCACUAGCCAUCAGAAGAAUAAAAUGUGCAAGAGCUGACAUAGGAGAUGUGGGAAGAGAAGCUUUUAUGGAAGACGUAGAAUCAGGAAGGCUUCCUCAUUUUAUCGAUUCAAAUUUAGAACAAAUAAAAGAAUUGUUUAAUCAGUUUUUUGAUGAAUUUAACAUAACGAAUUACAGUGAUGUUUUACAAUUCACAGAUGAGGAUAGAAGUAUUACUGAAUAUAUUUUAUUACACAGAGAUAAUUUAAAAGUAUAUCUGGCAUAUUAUGGAUGGAAAAUGAUAAAAUUUAUUGAAACAGGUAGACAAAAUGAAUGUAAAUUAAAUAACGAAAUAGAAGAAAAUGAUACAGAUGCUGUAAAAAAUUUAGAACACAUAAAAUCCUUUGAAGUAGAUCUAACACACAUAUAUUUUUUUAAUAAAAAAUUGUAUAAAUUGAUUGUUGAAUAUCCAUCGGAUUGUAUUAGUGAAAUUGACAAAAUUAUAAGUGCCAAAUACAAUUCUCUUUUAGCUUUAGUACUUGAAGGGGACGCAAUGUCAAGCUCAUCAGAUAAAUUUUCUCUAAACGUAGCAAAGCAGGAUUAUUGUAGAGUUCGAUUUUUUAACAAAAAACAUAAGGACACUCCUAGAAAAUUAGGACCAAACCAUAUAGAAACAUUAGUAUGUAUUAAAGGAGUUAUAAUUAGGUGUUCUAAUAUUAUACCAGAAAUGACAAUGGCAGCAUUUAAAUGUACAUCGAAAAAAAGAAUAGGUGUUAAUAAUUAUGAAAAAUGUAAUGAAGAAGUAUAUGAACAUGUUAUACAAGGAGAAGUACAAGAACCUUUAAGUUGUACAAAUUGCAACAAUAAAAAUACAUUCGAAUUAUGGCAUAACAAUUGCUGCUUUUCAUCAAAACAACUUAUAAAAUUAAGUGAAGUCACAGAACAUCUGAAACAAGGAGAAACACCACAAUCCAUAUCCAUUUAUGCAUAUGACGAUUUGAUAGACUAUACAAAACCAGGUGAUACAGUUGAAUUAACAGGAAUUUUAAAGGCAUCUCCAGUUAGAUUGAAUCCAAGAUCACGAUGUUACAACAGUGUUCACAGAACAUAUAUUAAUGUUAUACAUAUAAGAAAAGAAAACAAACAGAAAAUGAAGUUAACUGAACAAAAUGAUACAGGAUCCGUAAUUUUAAAAAGAAAUGAUGAUGGAACAGUGGAAGAAAAUUUUGAAAAAUUAAAUGAACAAGGAAAUCUAUUAUUCACUAGUGAAAUAAUACAAAAAAUGCAAAAAUUAAGUACAGAUCCGAAUAUCUACCAGAGACUGGUUGAUUCUGUAGCUCCAUCUAUUUAUGGAAGAGAUGAUAUUAAAAAAGGGCUCCUAUGUCAACUAUUUGGUGGUAGUAAAACAACUGACAAAUAUAAAAAUAAAUAUCGAUCUGAAAUUCAUAUUUUAUUAUGUGGAGACCCAUCAACAGCCAAAUCACAACUUUUACAUUAUGUGCAUAAAUUAUCCCCAAGAGGUAUUUACACAAGUGGUAAAGGUAGUAGUAGUGUUGGUUUGACGGCUUUCAUUUCGAAGGAUUCUGAAACGAAGGAAUAUAUUCUCGAAUCAGGUGCCGUUGUUUUAUCAGAUAAAGGAAUAUGUUGUAUUGACGAAUUUGACAAAAUGGAUGAUUCUGCAAGAGCUAUUUUACAUGAAGUAAUGGAACAACAAACUGUCACCAUUGCCAAAGCAGGAAUUGUUGCAACUCUCAAUGCACGUACAUCGGUUCUUGCAUCUGCCAACCCAAUUAACAGUAGAUAUGAUAAAAAUAAAGCUGUAGUAGAAAAUAUAAAUCUCCCACCAUCAUUAUUUUCUAGAUUUGAUUUGAUAUACCUUGUCAUCGAUCAAGCAAAUGAGGAAGAAGAUAAAAAAUUGGCUACUGUUCUGUGCAAAAAUUUUUCCUGCAGCGCAAAGGACGGAUCGGAUACUGAAACAGAUGAUGAGGUCGAUGAUGAAACGGAUGAUGAGACAGGUGAUAAAUUCGAUUCACAAUCAGAGAUAGACAUUAGGAAUCUAACUGACAGCGGUAUAGACUCACAUCAGAGGGAAAAAAGGAAAAAUGUUGGAGAAAAUAAUGCCUACAAAUCUUCUAAAAAAGGUUCAAAAAAUUACUUAAUUGAUUCGAACACCCUAGCAUUAUAUAUUGCAUACUGUCGUAUAACAUGCAAUCCAAUCAUUUCACUAGAAAGCAAAAAAAUAAUUAUUGAUGAAUACAUAAAAAUGAGAUGCAAAGAAGGAACAAAGUCUCCAACAGCAAGCCCAAGACAAUUAGAAGGAUUAGUUAGAUUGAGCCAAAGUCUAGCAAGAAUGAAACUGAAAAAUGUAGUAACCCCUGAGGAAGCUAAUGAAGCUGUACGUUUAAUGAACAUUGCGACCUUUCAAAGUUUAAUUGACCCCUUAAGUGGUAGAAUUGAUUUCGAUCAAGUAAACCUUGGACAGACAUCACAACAUAAAAAAAAGUCCGAUCUCAUAAAGGAUAUCAUAAUGAAUGCCCUUGUUUUAAGAAACAUGACAAAGGAUGAAUUACUCACACAUUGCAACGAAACAAUUAUGAACGACAGAAAUUAUACAAUGUCUAUGGAUAGAAAAUCCUUCGAAGAGGCUUUUCAUGAUCUCGAAAGAUCACAAGAGAUUACUCGAAUGUCUUCUGGUCUCUACAAGAAGAAGUGA